AUGAAGUUCAUCACUCUUGCGGCAGCUUGUCUGCCUUUGGCACUUGGAGCCAUGUACAGGAAGGACGAGUACGACUCGGGUGUCGUCAUGGCGAAGAUGAUGGCCGCAAAGGAGUCCGCAUGGAGGGAGCACAAAGCAGCAGGCCACUACGACAACAACAAGUGGAAGGGCUUUCACAAGCGUCGACCAGGUGGCGAUCGCAUUCGUUGCCGAAACGGCCAAGUCGAGGCUGUCAAAGGAGAUCCUGAUCAGACGUACAAGUGCAAAGACAUCGACCUGCACGACUUCAAGACCCACGCUGAGCUGGGAAGCAACGGUGGCGAAGGCAGUGGUAGCUGGGGUGUCGUCCUCAAUGGACGGGAGUUCAUCGCUAUUGGGCAAACCGACGGCGCAGCCUUCGCCGAGGUCACCAAGCAAGGCCAACUCGUCUAUCUCGGCCGCCUCCCAGCUCAAGCCAACCCAGUCAUCUGGCGCGAGAUUAAGGCGAAUGGGCCGUACCUUAUUGUUGGAUCGGAAGGCGUUGAUCAUCAAGUCCAGAUCUUUGAUAUGCGCAAGCUCUUGAAGGUCGAUCCCAAGAAGCCGAAGGUCUUUAGCACGACUAGUGAUCUUACUGGGCUUUUCACUGAUAUGCCAAUCGGUCGCUCGCACAAUGUCGUUGUCAACGAGGAGAAGAACUACGCUGUGGCUGUUGGCUCGGCGCCUCGUAACAGCUCUUGUGCUGCUGGCCUCAUCUUCAUCAACCUGGACGAUCCAUCGAAGCCAUACUCACCUGGCUGUGCGCCGCAGGAUGGCUACGUUCAUGAUGCUCAGUGCAUCGUCUACAGAGGUCCCGACAAGAAGUACAACGGCCGAGACAUCUGCUACGGCUACAACGAAGACACCCUGACCAUCUACGACGUCACAAACAAGACCGGCCCUCAAGCCGCCAGCAUCAUCUCUCGCACCCCCUACGUCGGAGCCUCAUAUACUCACCAAGGCUGGGUGCUCGACCCCAACUGGCAGACUCACCUUCUGCUCGACGACGAGCUCGACGAGGGCGAGAUCGAUCCCGACCGAGCAGAUCCAAACGGCCCAUCUAUCGAUGGAUUCCCAGCUACCUAUAUAUUCGACAUCACCUCCCUCGAAAAGCCCGUCAACACGGGCUACUACAAGUCCAAAGUCCGCUCCGUCGACCACAACCAAUUCGUGCGCGACGGCCUCGCAUACCAGUCCAACUACCAAGCGGGUCUCCGUGUCUUGGACGUCAGCACCAUUCCUGAGGAUGAUUCUGGUGCGGGCGUCGAGGAGAUUGCGUUCUUUGAUGUCUAUCCGGGCGAUGAUGACGAGGAGGGUGGUGGUGUGGCUGAUUGGUCUUUCGGCACUUGGUCGCAUUAUACCUUCCCGAGUGGGUAUAUCGUUAUCAACACCAUUGACCGUGGUCCUUUCGUUGUGAAGUUGAGCAAGUUCGGAGGGCGAGGCUUUGGCAAGCGUCAUGUGAGACGUGGUCCAGCAUGA